GGAGAAAAAGCACGGGAAAAUAACACAACAGACAGAAGCGCUAAUCUUCUUCUCGAGACGCCAUAUAUAUUGAUAAGUGAUUUUAAUUAAUUUUCUUUGCUUGACUUUAUUGGAAUAAUUUUUUUCCCCCUUCCCCCCCCGUUUGUUUGAACCUUCUUUUGGGCGCUUUAUUAAUUAUAAAGAAAAAAAUAUGCACCUUCGAUUUAAAUGGCAGAUUGAAGCAGGUGAAUAAGAUGUGGCGGAAUUGCACGCCUUUUACUUGUGAUUCAUAAUUUAACAGUGGCCUAUAGCCACUUGCGUGUUGCUUAGUGUUUCUGUUUGCUCUUUGAUUUCUCCCCCGGAUCCUCAGGCAGAUGUCAUUGUCUGUGAUACUGUAAUAGUCUCACAGACACGUUCUUCUUGGCAUGGCUCAGACUCUCCGCCCCCGUUCCUAGUUUUGGUCUGUGUUCCUCUCUGCUUACUUGUAGUUCAUUAUUGAAGAAGAGACUCAAAGACUCCUCCGAGCGGUCCCUCUCUGGUUCUCACACUAAGAGGUUGUGCGUGCGUGCGUGCGUGAUUUUAGUAUGUUCUGGUCAAACAGAAUGGAAUAGGGUGAAUGACACAAGGUUUGGAGAAUAAUGUCAGAAUUUGGUCCUACUAGGCUUGUGUGUGUGUGUGUGUGUGUGUGUGUGUGUGUGUGUGUGUGUGUGUGUGUGUGUGUGUGUGUGUGUGUGUGUGUGUGUGUGUGUGUGUGUGUGUGUGUGUGUGUGUGUGUGAGAGAUCUCAGACAACAAAUGGGUCGAUGAUAGGUGAAUUUCUCAAGGAGGAGGGAUUUCAAUGUCAGAACCACUAUUCCUGUGCGUUCUUGGGGUAGGAGACAGGGUAAAGCAUGUGACAGUGUUGCAUGGGGAUCAACAGCCACAGAAGAGGGGAGGGUCUUCAGAACACCCACCAGGGGAGACUUCCAUUCCACACCAGUUUAAUUAAUGCAGGCUUUGUUGCAUCUUCGUUGUUUAUUUUUCUCACCCAACAAACAAACUCUGUUAUGAAAAUUUUUAAAUAUUUCCGUAGAAAAACAGCAGGGGGUGGCGGCGGCGGCGUUGGGGGGGGUGUGUGUGUGUGUGUGUGUGUGUGUGUGUGUGUGCUUGAGGCAAACACAGAAAAGCACACGGGGUCCCUGUGUGUUUAACCUCUAUGAAUAGCUUCCAGAACACCACAAGCCAUGUAAUCAGGCGGGGAGGAGGAGACCGGCCCCAUUCUAUUGUGCCUGCGAUCACAUUUGUUGUUUACUGUCGAUGGAUAUUCACGUGCUCUGUUUCAAGUGCUGGCAGAGCCGGGGAGUGAGGCGCGGUGAGGGUGUAUAAGGUCAGGCUGUCAUGGCGGUGGGGCCCUCACUACCAGGGGACCGGGGGAACAUGGUGCAGGUCCUGGGGACCGGUCUUCAGAAGCCCGUCAAAACAAGCAGCGCCGUAUCCAUACACAAGGCCAUUAUCACCAGCAGGAAGAGAGGGCUGUUGGAACUGGGAGCAAAGGACAAUGGACUUCUCCGGCUUCUCUCUGUCCCUGGCGUCUCCCAGGACCCUCCCGGGACCCUCGUCCUGUCUGGGGUGUUGCAAGAGGACAGGCCAGCUGGAGGACUGGGAGGAGCUCAUCCACGCGUCAUUCGUCAUCCUGAUGAAGAACAACGCUAUACCGAUCCUGCUGCUUUUGGAGACCGGGGGGAAGAGUAUGCCUUUAUGACAAACUGUAGCGUCACACUUAUACUCUCAAACGAAAGGAAAUGCACAGUUAGUGCGGUUCCAUUAACUGGUCUGGAGUGAAGAAACGCGAAAGACGAUCGGUUCACACCUACAUAUUAAUGCUACCAGACAUCUUUUCACGCAUUAUGGGGAAAUCACCCUGUAAGUUAAAGGUCGAUUUCAGACCUUAAUCUGGUGAAUUGUCCAUUUCCAUCAACCUCUUCUACCGCGAAACAUAUACAAUAUGUUGGAGGGAACACGGCUAAUGUUUGUCUAUGCCUCAAUCUAUCAUCCCUUUGCGCACAGACCAGGACAUUGUGAUGCACGACACGCGACCGCGCCAAGCUACAACUGACAUGUCAUAUUGACGCCACUGGAGUCUCUCGCUCGAAGAGGCUGACAUGCCUCUGACAAUGUCACCCGUUGAACAUGAAUGGAAAUAAUACUUCGUCAGACAUGAGCGUGGUUGACACGCGCAUGCAAACAAAUCUUGACGGGGAGCGAUGCCAACGUCCAAUGCCUCUCACUCUUCCCUAGCUGUCGUCGUUGGCAUCAACAUAAACCCCCACACCCACGCACAAACACACACACACAGAUUGUCAACUCUAAACAUGAGGGUGAAUGAGAACACAACAACAAACUAGCUGAUGGGCUCAAAGGUGGUUCUCCUUCCAAACAGCAGAAGGAGCAUCAGCAACAAAAGGGGAUUCAUCACUUAAGAACCCAACUAAACUAACACACUCACAAUCGACACUCAGGUCGUCUAUAUCAGCUAAACAAUGGGGGACAGUAUGUGUGUGUAUGUCUAUGUACUAACACAAUUUGUCUCUGCACCUGUCAAUAUCGCGAUCGGCUCGAUCUCAGUCCUGGGGGACGGACCCUCUGGGGAAGACCGAUGGAUCGGCCCAGAGUUUUAUUGAUGGACGCGGUUGCUUAAUGCUAAUGGUUGUAAUGAAUCGGAUGUCACUAAUACUGGUUAGGGUGGAGGUCGGAUCCUUUUAAUCUCUCACCACUGUAGGGGACGAGGGGGGUGAACCCGGCCCCCUGCGACCCCUGACACCGGGCUGACUACCGCUGCACCAGAACGUGGCGUGACCGCUUACCUUCGUGUUAUAGCUUCAUGAUCCUCAUUAUCAUGGUAAUCAUAAUAAUAAUAAUUGUCAGACAUAUUGCUUUGCAAGUCGUUUUUAUGUCAUUAGUUGGAUCACUCAAAUGGGAGAUAAAUAUAUGACUACGGAAAGAUGUAUACUCGAUAUUAUUUUUCGCUGUAUAGAUCAAAAUGUUUACGUGUUGUUUUUGUUUAAUACUGUUCAAAUGCUAAACAACUCCUGCUAUUCUUGCCUUGAAAAAAGAAGGUUGUACAGUGCAGACGAAACGUUGGUUAUUUAUGCAUCAUUAAAAAUGUGAAAAGGGGCAGUCUUGGCUUGCAUUAAGCUUUGGGUAUUUAAAGGCAGAUUUAAAGGGCAGCAGUAGCAUAAAGAUACAGGAUUUAGGGGUAAGGGAGAAACCUCAGUCGAACCAUUAAGCUCUCAAAAACUUUGCUAACAAACUCCACGAAGAGGAAAGAACUGCCUCUAACAUUCAGCAAAUGAAUUAUUAAGAACAAAAAUGAAGGAAAAUAAAAAAAAAGCUGCUUCUUGCCAUUAAUCUGAAAAAAAGAAGAAUAAGUGUAUGUGCGUCUGUAAUGUUUUAUUAAAACUUUGCCUAUUUCAGUCUCAAUCCAGUCCGAUUCAAAAGGGCACUUUAGUACUCUGCCGGGUGUGCACGUUUCCGCGCACUAUACGCACACAAAUGCAGGGAAUAAAUGCAAAAAAAGUCAAACGAAAGAUGGGAUGUGCUGUAUCAUCAUAGGGGGUAAAAGUGCAAAUGUGUACUACAGCUCUCUUUCUGCCGUUCCUCUGCAUCAUACAGGCCGAUAGACAGACGUUAACCAGGAGAAUUGAGAUGUAGGAUCCCCCAGGAUUAAAGUUCUGGUUUGUCCCGUACUCAAUCCACAGUAUCGCUCUGCUUGGUAAGAGGCACUGCACAAAUUAUAUUUUGUGUGUGUGUGUGUGUGUGUGUGUGUGUGUGUGUGUGUGUGUGUGUGUGUGUGUGUGUGUGUGUGUGUGUGUGUGUGUGUGUGUGUGUGUGUGUGUGUGUGUGUGUGUGUGUGUGUGUGUGUGUGUGUGUGUGUGUGUGUGUGUGUGUGUCCGUGUCCACGUGCCUUUCUCUAUCUCUGACUAAACUCGCUUCCAUCAGUGACCUCACUUCAGUUGGGCCUCAUAUUGUCUGGGGAUGUGGAGCUGUGAAGGAGGGGGACCACGCAAUGGCUACACAUGACUUGUAAGGGGCCUCCUGUAAAGCAUCUAGGAGAGAGCAGGGAGCGGUGAGUCCAGCUCCAUGGCAGACGAUGUGGCCCAGUCCCCUAUGCUGCAGGGGGGCUCCGCCGGCAGCAGUGGGAGGCCAAAGCGAAGCGGUUCCACCAAGAGUCGGAGGGCCAGGGAGGCCAAAGCUGCCCUCCAGCCUGAAGACCUGCCUGGGGACCAGCAAGACAAACAGCCCGGAGGGGAUGCUGAUGUUGGAAGCAGUGUGGGGAUCUUGACAGAGGAGGAACCUGAGGACCUGUACGCCAUUAACCUGAGAAGGUUGUUCAUAUGCCGGGUUGCCCUCUCCGACGUGACCUGGGACUCGUGGUCGGAGGACAAUGAGCUGGCACUGGACCGCUUCAUAGAAGGAGCCUCCAUCCCUUUAAUGGUGGUCUAUCUGGACCCCAUGACCGGGUUGAGGGUGGAGAACGGCAUGCCCUCACAGGCGGUGGAUCAACUGGCCUACUUCAUCCGCUCAUCAGAGGCACCCAUCAUGCCGGAGACCUUUGAGACGGUCGUGCACUGUGGCACCUUGCGCUGCGGCAGCGGAGGGAGUGGAGCCACAGAGGGCCUGCUGAGGCUAUUGAACGGCGUGCAUGCUCCCCUGGUGGCCCUCAGCACCGUCUUGCCUAAGAACAUCAAGAACAUCUACAGCGCCAACAUGCACCGCUUCCUCUCCGGCCUUACAGACUCCCGGUUCAAGAUGGCCGGGAACACUGUGCUCUACAUCCCCAUGGAGGCCCUGCAGCGCAGCCCAGAGGAGGCCAGCAAGGACAAGGAGCUAAUACAGAGACUGGAGAUCGUGCUGAUCCACUGGACCCGUCAGUUCAACGACGUCCUGGGCGCCCAGCACCUGGUGGAGAUGGGCGACAGCGCCGGCCCCCUGGAGGAGAUCACCUUCUGGAGCAGCCGCUGUGCCGACCUGACAGGCAUCAGCCUGCAGCUGCAGAAGCCCGGCGUCAGACACAUCCAGAGUAUUCUGCGGCUGUCCAAGUCCUCCUACCUGCAGCCCUUCUCCAAGUUGGCCCAGGAGGUCCAGGACGGCUCCCAGCAGGCAGAAUCCAACCUGCGGUUCCUGUCCCUGCUGAAGCAGCCAUGUGAGGAGCUGGUGCAGCUGCAGCCGAGCCAGGUGGCCCCCAAGCUCCAGCACAUUGCCGACCUCAUACGCAUCAUCUGGGACAACUCUCCGCACUACAACACCCGGGACCGGCUCACCGCGCUCUUCCACAAGAUGAGCAACGAGAUGAUCCGCCUGUGCUGCCGGAGCCUCUCUCUGGACCGGAUGUUCCAGGGCCACGUGGCCUCCAGCAAGCAGAACCUACGGGACUGCAUCGAGUGCUGCGUGGCCUGGAAGGACAUAUACCUGCAGGCCGCACGGAUACACCACAGGUAUUCUUCCAGAGGCUGGGUCCUGGACCAGACAAGCAUCUUCGCUCUCAGUGACGCCUUCGUUCAGCGGUGCAAAGACCUCAUUGAAGUGUGUGACUGCCAGCAGCAGUUUGCUCGGUUUGAGGAGGGCCAGCAGGUGGCGCCGCCGUGUUUCGCCGAGCCCCAUGGGGCCGUGACGGCACGUGGCCUGCUUGAGAUCGAGAGCAUCUUCCUGCGCAGCCUGCAGGGCCUCGCCGACAUGGGCGACGGCAUCCUGGACGUCUGGAGGAACUCUGGAUGGCACGACCACUACAACAGGUUCCGUACGUCCAUAAAGCAGCUGGAGGUGAUGAUGCAGAACGUCAUCAGCGGUGCCUUCGAGACGGUCAACACAGUGAGGGAAGGAGUCCAACUGUUGGACGUCUUCGGGCACCUGUCUGCACGAGAGGGCAUCAAGCACACCUUGGACAGGAUGACAGUGAAGCUGUACGACCUGAUCAACAAGGAGCUCCAACUGGUCAAAAACGACCUGAGCAAGAAGACCUGCCAGGUGGCGAGUCAUGUCCCCCAGAAGGCCGGCCAAGCUCACUGGGUGCACUGCCUCCGCCGCCGCAUCCAGAGCACCAUGGAGUUGGUGGAGGGUGCCCACUUUGUGGGCCAGACGGGCAGUGGCGAGGAGGUGUGCCUGGCUCACGGGCAGCUGGUGCAGACCCUGGAUGAACUGCUGCGCAAGACCUACAGCGACUGGAGCCAGGGAGUGGACCGCCAGAGCAUCCAGCGGCUAGAGCAGCCCCUCAUGCUGCGCUGCCGCCAGGACAACACCAUGCUGGACAUCAACUUCGACAAGGGCCUGCUGAAGAUGUUCAGUGAGAUCCAGUACUGGGAGAGUCUCCGCAUGGUGAUCCCCCACUACGUGGGGGAGGUGUACCAGCGGCGCGAGGAGCUUCGCACCCUGCGCGAGAGUGUUCUCCGGCUGGUCAGCGACUACAACAGGAUCAUCAGGGCUCUGUCUCCAGGGGAGCUGGGUGUGUUCCGGGAGCGGAUCCGCUUCCUGGACAAGAAGAUUCAGCCAGGCCUGACAAAGCUUCUGUGGUCCACCAAGGGAACCUCCAACCUCUUCAUCACCGAGUGCUGCACGCAUGUCACCAAGGUUCAGACCAUAGUGAAUGAGUACAAGGCAGCCAACCUGACCAUAUCAGCCCUGUGCAGGCAGAUCAGUGAGACCUUGCUGGUCAGACUAGACGGCAGGACUGUGUACAGGGACCUGGAGUUCGAGAGCGACCAGCGGGCCCACCAGCAGAGCCAGCUGCAGAAGCUGUGCACCGCCCACCAGGACAUCGUGGACAUCAUGACACGCGUGUACGACACUUUCCGCAGCGCUGGAGCCGAGGUCCAGCAGUACUGGCUGACCUACAUGGAGAGGGUGGACCGCAUGGUGGAGGAGGCCCUGAGGCUGGCCGUCAAGCGGUCGCUGCAGGAGCUGUCCAAGGCCAUCAACGGGGACUCCAAGGCCCUGCCCGACCCCCUCUUCAGGGUGCAGGUGGUACUGCGGCAGGGCCCGCCCAGAGCCAUGGCCAGGGUGGAGUUCUCCCCCACGCUACCGAAGUUGGCCCAGGUGGUGAACAGCAUUGGGCCCCAACUCAUCAACACCAUCUCCAGCUUCAAGAGGCUGCCCGACCUCCUCACCCACAAGCACUCGCAGCGCAAGCCUGUGCACGCCAUCCUGGAGCAAGACGAGGAGCUGGGGAAGAUCCAGGCGGCUUUGGCAGCAGGCAUGACGGCCAAUGCGGGCCACUUGCAGGCCUACCUGAAGACCUGGGACAAACACCGUGCCAUCUGGGAGAUCAACAAGGACCCCUUCAUCCAGCGCUACCAGCGGUUCAACACGCCUGUGUCCACCUUUGACGCAGACAUCGCCAGGUACACAGAGGUGGCCAACAACAUCCAGAAUGAGGAGACCGUGCUGGAUAUCCAGUUCGUGCUGCUGGACUGCUCCCCCCUCAAGUCGUCCCUGGUGCAGCACUGCAAUGAGUGGCAGAGCAAACUCACCGAGCUGCUCAGCCUCAUGGCCAGCCGACAGCUCACAGAGCUCCACGGCUUCCUGCAGGACAACGCCACCAGGCUGAGCCGGCCUCCCCAGUCCCUGGAGGAGCUGGGAGAGGGUCUGGAGCUGCUGGAGCGUCUCCAGGGGGGGCUGGCCAAGCUGGAGGCCAAAAUACCCCCCAUACACGAUCAGUUUGCCAUCCUGGCCAAGUAUGAGGUCACCGUCGACCUGGCAGUGCAGAGGAUGCUGGAGGGUCUGAGCAGCCAGUGGCUGUGGUUCCAGCAGGCGGUGGUGGACGGAGACGUCAUGCUGAGGAAAAACAAGGAAAAGUUCAAGAGCCGCCUGGUCUUCUCCUCCGAGGAGUUCAAGAAGAAGACCAGGCCACGCUGCAGGAGUUCACCAGCACAGGUCCGUUCAGCAGUGCGGCGAGCGGGUGAAGCAGCCCUGGAGCAGAUCCAGGACCUCCAGGCUCAGCUGGAGAGCCAGAAGGAGGAGGAGGGGACCCUCCGCCAGGGCCUCAACAUCUUCAAGAUCGUCCAGCCCCCUUCCAAAGACCUCCAGGCGCUGGAGAAGGACCUGGAGUCCCUGCAGCAGGUGUGGGAGGCUAGCCAGCAGUGGAGCUCCAACUGGAAGCAGUGGAAGACAGGAGCCUUCCUCUCCCUGCAGACCGAGACCAUGGAGAGCACCGCCCAGGACAUGUUCAAACACGUCACUAAGCUCAGCAGGGAACUCAAGGACAAGAAGUGGGACAUAGUGGAAAGUACCAGGAAAAGCAUUGAGCAGUUCAAGAGGACCAUCCCUCUCAUCACAGACCUGAAGAACCCUGCCCUGAGAGACAGGUGCUCUCCGUCCCAUCCCAGCACUACGGAGGAGCUCUUCCAGGCCCUGGAGGACAACCAGGUCAGCCUGUCCACCAUGAAGGCGUCUCGCUUCGUGAGGGCCUUCGACCAGGAAGUGGACCGCUGGGAGCGCUGCCUGUCCCUGGUGAUGGAGGUCACCGAGAUGGUGCUCACCGUGCAGAGGCAGUGGAUGUACCUGGAAAACAUCUUCAUGGGGGAGGACAUCAGAAAGCAGUUGCCUUGUGAAUCCAAAGACUUCGACGACAUCAACUCCAGCUGGAAGUGCAUCAUGGACCGGCUCCACAAGGACAACAAUGCCCUGAGGGGCACCGGUCACCCUGGCCUGCAGGAUAAGUUGGUGGAGAUGAACGUGAAGCUGGAGGAGAUCCAGCGGGCACUGGACAUGUACCUGGAGACCAAGCGGCAGGUGUUCCCCAGGUUCUACUUCCUGUCCAACGACGACCUGCUGGAGAUCCUGGGGCAGUCGCGCAACCCUACCGCCGUGCAGCCCCACCUCAAGAAGUGCUUCGAUAACAUAACCAGACUGCAGAUCGCUAAGGCGGGAGUGAGCGGCAACAAGAUGGAGGCCAACGGGAUGUUCUCUGCGGACGGAGAGUUUGUUGAGUUCACCCAGUCGGUGUCCCUGGAAAAACCAGUCGAGUGCUGGCUUUGUGACAUUGAGCGGUCCAUGCGCACCACGCUCAAGGACUCCCUGAGGAACUGCCGCCUGGCGCUUCAGAAGAUGACGGCCAAGAGAGACAAAUGGGUCAGAGAUUGGCCCGGACAGAUGGUGAUCGCGGCCAGUCAGAUCCAGUGGACCACCGACGUGACCAGGACCCUCAUCUCAGGCAAGGAGAAGGGCGACAAGUCUGAUCUCAGGGCCCUGAAGAAAAAACAGGUGUCCCUGCUCAACCGCUACUCGGACGCCAUCCGGGGCGACCUGUCCAAGAUCCUGCGGCUGAAGAUCGUGGCGCUGGUCACGGUGGAGGUGCACGCCCGCGACGUCCUGGACAAGCUGGCCAAGAUGGGCUGCUGCGACGUCAGCGCCUUCGACUGGCUCUGUCAGCUGCGCCUCUACUGGGAGAAGGACGUGGACGACUGCGUUAUCCGGCAGACGAACACGCAGUUCAAGUAUGGCUACGAGUACCUCGGCAACUCUGGACGCCUGGUCAUCACCCCGCUGACAGACAGGUGCUACAUGACCCUGACCACGGCCCUCCACCUCCACCGGGGGGGGUCUCCUAAGGGUCCGGCGGGCACGGGGAAGACGGAGACGGUGAAGGACCUGGGCAAGGCCCUGGGCAUGUAUGUCAUCGUGGUCAACUGCUCCGAGGGCCUGGACUACAAGUCCAUGGGACGCAUGUACUCCGGCCUGGCUCAGACAGGUGCGUGGGGAUGUUUCGACGAGUUUAACCGUAUCAACAUCGAGGUGCUCUCGGUGGUGGCCCAGCAGAUCCUCUCCAUCCUGUCCGCCCUCUCUGCCGGCCUCACCAAGUUCGUCUUCGACGGACAAGAGAUCAGCCUGGUCUGGUCCUGUGGCAUCUUCAUCACCAUGAACCCUGGCUAUGCGGGUCGCAGCGAGCUGCCGGACAACCUGAAGUCCAUGUUCAGACCCAUCUCCAUGGUGGUGCCGGACUCCACGCUCAUCGCAGAGAUCACCCUGUUUGGGGAAGGCUUCAACAAUUGCAAGCUCCUUGCCAAGAAGGUGUUCACGCUGUACUCCCUGGCGGUGCAGCAGCUGUCCAAGCAGGACCACUACGACUUCGGCCUGCGAGCCCUCACCUCCCUGCUACGCUACGCCGGCACGAAGCGGCGUCUUCGUCCUGAUCUGCCCGGGGAAGAGAUCCUCCUCAUGUCCAUGAGGGACAUGAACCUGGCCAAGCUGACGUCGGUGGACCUGCCGCUGUUCAACAGCAUCAUCCAGGACCUGUUCCCUGGGGUGGACUCGCCCACCAUCGACUACGGAAAGUUGCGGGACGCCAUCGAGGCGGAGCUGUGUGAGCGCGGCCUGCAGCCCAUCCCCUUCACGGUGUCCAAGGUCAUCCAGCUGUACGAGACCAAGAGCUCCCGCCACUCCACCAUGCUGGUGGGCCGGACGGGCAGCGGCAAGACGGUGACCUGGAGGACGCUGCAGAACGCCCUCACCGCCCUGCACCGCAAGGGGGAGCCGGGCUACCAGCUCAUCAGGGUACGGCCCUCUGGGGGCCUUUGGGGGACUUUGUUUCUUUACGUUUUUCAGAGUUCUUUUUCUUUUCUUUUUUUGAUCACUUUUACUUUUUGGUUUUCUAUUUCUACUACUGUCCUGUACAUUCUGCUGUCACACCCACAUUUCUCAUCUGGGAUGUUAUCUUACAACACAACCUUGGGAUUUACAAUUCUUGAGCAGGGCCCCUGGGCAGACUCAGAGCCUCUCCGGCUUAAUGGAGUGUACGUCCUGAUCCUCAACUUUAAGAGUAGAACAACAUUCCCCAUUCCCUACCAUCAAUCCAACCUCCUCCCGCCCUCCGCCAAGACCACCCACCCAAUUUCUAUCGCCAUGACAUCACCCUCUUCACCACCGACGGAUCCACGUCCUCUAAAGCUAACUAAAAGAUUGACAGUAACAGCCCAUAUGAGCGCGACUACGCUAACUGUUUUCCGGGCCUCUACAGACGAGAAGCCGGAGGAGAAGUGGAUGGUGCUGGACGGGCCGGUGGACACUCUGUGGAUCGAGAGCAUGAACUCUGUGAUGGACGACAACAAGGUGCUGACCCUCAUCAACGGAGAGAGGAUCUCCAUGCCUGAGCAGGUCUCCUUGCUGUUCGAGGUGGAGGACCUGGCGGUGGCUUCCCCGGCCACGGUGUCCCGUUGUGGGAUGGUCUACAACGACUACACCGACCUGGGCUGGAAACCCUACGUCCAGUCCUGGCUGCAGAGGAGACACAAGGCGGAGCUGGAGCCCCUGAAGCGUCUGUUUGAGAAGUACCUGGAGAAGACCCUGCUGUUUAAGAAGAGCUCCUGCAAGGAGCUGGUGUCCAUCACAGAGCUGAACGGAGUGGCCUCCCUCUGCCGCCUCUACGACGCCCUGGCCACGCCCGACCACGGGGUGAACCCCGCCGACACGGAACACUUCCCUCACAUGGUGGAGCUCUGGUUCCUCUUCAGCCUCAUCUGGUCGGUGGGCGCCUCGGUGGACGAGGACGGACGCAAGAAGAUGGACAACUUCCUGCGCGAGAUAGACGGCACAUUCCCCACCAAGGACACUAUCUACGAGUACUACGUGGACUCCAAGAAGAAGACCUGGGCUCCAUUCGAGGGCCAGCUGUCUAAGGGCUGGCGAUACCCUGCCAACGCUCCGUUCUACAAGAUCAUGGUGCCCACGGUGGACACGGUGCGCUACAACUUCCUGGUGGGGGCGCUGGUGGCGGGCCAGUACCCGGUGCUGCUCACCGGACCCGUGGGCACGGGCAAGACCUCGGUGGCCCAGGUGGUGCUCCAGAACCUGGACCCCUCCAAGUGGGCCAUCCUCACCAUCAACAUGUCCUCCCAAACCACCUCCAGCAAUGUGCAGGCCAUCGUGGAGAGCCGCGUGGAGAAGCGCACCAAGGGCGUGUACGUGCCCGCGGGGGGCAAACGCAUGCUGUGCUUCCUGGAUGACCUCAACAUGCCCGCGCACGACGGCUUUGGCUCCCAGCCGCCCCUGGAGCUGCUGCGCCUCUGGGUGGACCACGGCUUCUGGUACGACCGGCUGAAGCAGACCCUGAAGUGUGUCAAGGACAUGUUCCUGCUGGCAUCUAUGGGGCCCCCUGGUGGAGGAAGGACCCACAUCUCUGCUCGCUUUCAGAGUCGAUUCAACCUCAUCAACAUGACUUUCCCACACGACUCUCAGAUCAAGCGCAUCUACGGCACCAUGAUCAACCAGAAGCUGCAGGAGUUUGGGGAGGAGGUGAAGCCCAUCGGAGCCAUCCUGACCCAGGCCACGCUGGAGCUCUACGACGCCGUGGUGGUCCGCUUCCUGCCAACGCCGGCCAAGAUACACUACCUCUUCAACCUUAGGGACAUUUCUAAGGUGUUUCAGGGUCUCCUGCGAGCCCACCGAGAUGUCCAUGACACCAAGCAGAGUAUAACUAGGCUGUGGAUCCAUGAGUGCUUUAGGGUGUUCUCCGACCGCCUGGUGGACAGCAGCGAUGCGGAGGCCUUCGUGGGUCUGAUGGCGGAGAAGCUGGGCUCCCUCUUCGACCUCACCUACCCCAGCAUCUGCCCCAACAAGAUACCCCCUGUGUUUGGGGACUUCCUGAAGGAGCCCCGUGUGUACGAGGACCUCCAGGACUCCAAGAGGCUGAGGGUCUUCAUGGAGAGCCAGCUGGAGGACUACAACCUGACCCCCGGCACCGUGCCGAUGGACCUGGUUCUGUUCAGAGACGCCAUCGAGCACAUCACCCGAGUGGUGCGUGUGAUCAGCCAACCCCGGGGCAACAUGCUGCUGGUGGGCGUCGGCGGCUCAGGACGCCAGAGCCUGUCCAAGAUGGCCGCCUCCAUCUGCACCUACCAGGUGUUCCAGGUGGAGGUCACCAAACAGUACCGCAAGAUGGAGUUCAGGGAAGACAUCAAGAAGCUGUACAGGCAGACGGGCGUGGACGACCUGCCCACGGUGCUGGUGUUCAGUGACGCCCAGAUGGUGGAGGAGUCCUUCCUGGAGGACAUCAACAACGUGCUGAGCUCUGGGGAGGUGCCCAACCUCUACAAGCAGGACGAGUUUGACGAGGUGUGUGGAGCCCUGUCAGAGUCGGCCAGGAAGGACGGGGUCCUGGAGACUCCGGACUCCAUGUUCGCCUAUCUGAUCGAGAGGGUCCGGAACAACCUGCAUGUGGUGCUUUGCAUGAGCCCCGUGGGGGAGCCCUUCAGGAACCGGAUCCGCCAGUACCCGGCGCUGGUCAACUGCAGCACCAUAGACUGGUUCUGUGAGUGGCCCAGGGAGGCCCUGCUGGAGGUGGCUGAGAGGUACCUGGACGCCCUGGACCUGGGGACCGUGGAGUCGAUCCACACCAGGGUGGCCAGCGUCUUCGUCACCAUGCACCAGUCUGUGGCCACCUUCUCCCACAGGAUGAGGGAGGAGCUCCGGAGGCACAACUACGUCACCCCCACCAAUUACCUGGAGCUGGUGUCAGGAUACAAGAAGCUGCUGGCGGAGAAGCGCAGGGAGCUGGGUGAGCAGGUGACCAAGCUGCGCAAUGGGCUGUACAAGAUCGACGACACCAGGGAGAAGGUGCAGGCCAUGUCCCUGGAGCUGGAGGAGGCCAAGGUGAAGGUGGCCGACUUCCAGAGGCAGUGUGAGGAGUACCUGGUGGUCAUCGUCCAGCAGAAGAGAGAGGCAGAUGAACAGCAGAAGGCAGUAGGAGCCCACAGUGAGAAGAUCGGGGCGGAGGAGGUGAAGUGUAAGGCCCUGGCUGAGAACGCCCAGAGGGACCUGGAUGAGGCCCUGCCCGCCCUGGAGGAGGCCAUGAAGGCCUUGGAGUCCCUGAACAAGAAGGACAUGACGGAGAUCAAGUCGUACGGGCGUCCCCCGACCCUGGUGGAGACGGUGAUGCAGGCUGUCAUGACCCUGCUGUGCAAGGACCCCACCUGGGCAGAGGCUAAGAGACAGCUGGGUGAGUCCAGCUUCAUCAAGUCCUUGGUUAACUUCGACAAGGACAACAUCUCGGAACGCGUGCUGAAGAAGACGGGCCAGUACUGCACGCAGGCCGACUUCCAGCCCGAGAUCAUUGGCAGGGUGUCGCUGGCCGCCAAGUCCCUCUGCAUGUGGGUCAGAGCCAUGGAGGUGUACGGUCGUAUCUCCCGGGUGGUGGAACCCAAGCGAGCCCGGCUGCAGGCAGCCACACUGCAGCUGGCUGAGAAGCAGGCCUCCCUGGCAGAGGCCCAGGACAAACUCAGAGAGGUGGGUGAGAAGCUGGAGCAGCUGAAGAAGCAGUAUGAUGAGAAGCUGGCGAUGAAGGAGGAGCUGAGGAGGAGCUCAGAGGACAUGGAGGUCAAACUGGACCGCGCCGACAAGCUGGUGUCUGGUCUGGCUGGGGAAAGGGCUCGCUGGGAGACCACCGUCAUCGGUCUGGAGGAGAACAUGGGCUACCUGGUGGGAGACUGCUUGUUAGCGGCCUCCUGUCUGUCCUACCUGGGCCCCUUCCUGUCCAACUACAGAGACCAGCUGGUGGCCCUUUGGAUGAAGGAGGUGCGUGAGCUGCAGGUGCCAUGCUCCCCGGGCUUCAGUUUCUCUGGCUUCCUGUCCAGACCCACCGUGGUGCGGGACUGGAACAUCCAGGGCCUGCCCUCCGACGCCUUCUCCACUGAGAACGGAGUCAUCGUCACCCGCGGCAACCGAUGGCCACUAAUGGUGGACCCACAAGGCCAGGCCCUGAAGUGGAUCAAAAACAUGGAGAGGGGCAGGGGUCUGAAGGUGAUAGACCUCCAGAUGCCGGACUUCCUGCGGGUCCUGGAGGGCGCGGUCCAGUCUGGAGCCCCUGUGCUGCUGCAGAACGUCCAGGAGGAGCUGGACCCCGCGCUGGCCCCCAUCCUCAACAAGUCCCUCACACAUGUUGGAGGGAGGAUGCUGCUGAAGCUGGGGGACAAGGAGGUGGAGUACAGCCCUGACUUCAGCUUCUACAUCACCACCAAGCUGUCUAACCCCCACUACCCUCCCGAGAUCUCCACCAAGACCACCAUCGUCAACUUUGCAGUAAAGGAGCAGGGUCUGGAGGCCCAGCUGCUGGGCAUCGUGGUCCGUAAGGAGCGUCCAGACCUGGAGGAGCAAAAGGACUCCCUGGUCCUCAACAUCGCCUCUGGCAAGAGGACACUGCAGGAGCUGGAGGAUGAGAUCCUCAGGCUCCUGAACGAGGCUACAGGCUCGCUCCUGGACGAUGUCCAGCUGGUGAACACUCUGCAGACGUCCAAGGUGACGGCCACCCGGGUGACAGACCAGCUGGAGAGCAGUGAGCAGACCGAGAUCAAGAUCGACACCGCCAGAGAGGGCUACCGUCCGUGUGCGCUGCGCGCCUCCAUCCUGUUCUUCGUGCUGAACGACAUGGGCUGCAUCGACCCCAUGUACCAGUUCUCCCUGGACGCCUACAUAGACCUGUUCAACCUCAGCAUGGAGAAGAGCCCCCGCAGCCACAAGCUGGAGGAGAGGAUCUCCCACCUCAAUGACUACCACACCUACGCCGUGUACAGGUACACGUGCAGGGGACUGUUUGAGGUCCACAAGCUGCUGUUCAGCUUCCAGAUGUGCACCAAGAUCCUGGAGGUGACCGGGGCCCUCAACAUGGACGAGUACAGCUUCUUCCUACGAGGGGGGCUGGUGCUGGACAAGGAGGGUCAGAUGGACAAUCCGUGCAGUAGCUGGCUGAGUGACUCUAACUGGGACAACAUCACGGAGCUGGACCGCCUUCCCAGCUUCCGUGGCAUCAUGGCCUCCUUCGAGCAGCAAUCCAGGGACUGGAACCUGUGGUUCACCAGCGCCCAACCUGAGAGUGCACCCCUCCCCGGUGAGUGGGAUGGCACUCUGAAGGAGCUCCAGCGGAUGUUGGUGGUACGGUCCCUGCGUCAGGACCGCAUCUCCUUCUGCGUCACCUCAUUCAUCGUCAACAACCUGGGCUCCCGCUUCGUGGAGCCUCCGGCCCUCGAUAUGAAGGCUGUGAUGGAGGACUCCACCCCCAGGAACCCCCUGAUCUUCGUGCUGUCCCCCGGCGUCGACCCCACGGGGGCCCUCACCCAGCUGGCCGAGGCGUCUGACAUGGGCAGCCGCUUCCACGCACUCUCCCUGGGCCAGGGCCAGGCGCCCAAUGCCAGGCGUAUGAUCCAGGAGGGGAUCAAGCAAGGCCACUGGGUGUUCCUGGCCAACUGCCACCUGUCCCUGUCCUGGAUGCCCGAGCUGGACAAGCUGGUGGAGCAGCUACAGGUGGAGCCUAGCCACCCUGACUUCAGGCUGUGGCUCAGCUCCUCCCCUCACCCAGACUUCCCCAUCGCCAUCCUGCAGGCCGCCAUCAAGAUGACCACCGAGCCCCCAAAGGGAAUAAAAGCCAACAUGAAGCGUCUGUACCAGCUGGUGUCGGAGGCCCGCUUCGCCCGCUGCUCCCGGCCGGUGCCCUACCGCCGACUCCUCUUCUCCCUCUGCUUCUUCCACAGCCUGCUGCUGGAGAGGAACAAGUUCCUGCAGCUGGGCUGGAACAUCGUCUACGGCUUCAACGACUCCGACUUCGAGGUGAGUGAGAACCUGCUGAGCCUGUACCUGGAUGAGUACGAGGAGGUCCCCUGGGACGCCCUGCGCUACCUGAUCGCAGGCGUCAACUACGGCGGCCACGUGACCGACGACUGGGACCGCCGGCUGCUGGCCACCUACAUCAACGAGCUGUUCUGCCACGCCGCGCUCAGCAAGCCCUUCUUCAAGCUCUCGUCCCUGCCCACCUACUACAUCCCCCGGGACGGGCCCCAAGCCUCCUACCGGGAAUACGUGGGCCAGCUGCCCGCCACAGAGCACCCCGAGGUGUUCGGCCAGCACCCCAACGCCGACAUCGCCAGCCAGAUCGCCGAGACGCGCACGCUGUUCGACACGCUGCUGUCGCUGCAGCCGCAGGUCCCCAGCAGCACUGCUGGGGCCUCGGGGCCCAGCAAGGAGGACAAGGUGCUGGAGCUGGCGGCCGACAUACGGGAGAAGCUGCCCGAGGCCAUCGACUACGAGGGGACCAGGGCACUACUGCAGGACGACCCGUCGCCCCUCAACGUGGUGCUGCUGCAGGAGAUCCAGAGAUACAACGCCCUGCUGGACACCAUCAGAUCCUCCCUGGUGGAGCUGGAGAAGGGCAUCAAAGGUCUGGUGGUGAUGUCAUCCAACCUGGAGGAGACCUUCAACUGUAUCCAUGACGCCCGCGUCCCACCACUGUGGGAGAAGGCCUACCCGUCCCUGAAGCCCCUGGCCUCCUGGACCCGGGACCUGUGCCAGCGCAUGGAUCAGUUUGCCCGCUGGGCCACGACGGCGCACCCCCCCGUCCUGUUCUGGCUGUCCGGCUUCACCUUCCCCACAGGCUUCCUGACCGCCGUGCUGCAGGCUUCUGCACGAAACAACAAGGUGUCGGUGGACACCCUCUCCUGGGAGUUUGUGGUGGCCACGAUGGAUGACAGCCACCUCCUCUCCCCCCCCAAGGACGGGGUGUACAUCCGGGGCUUGUACCUGCAGGGGGCUGGCUGGGACAAGAAGGGCGCCUGUCUGGUGGAGGCCGAGGCCAUGAGGCUGGUCUGCCCCAUCCCCACCAUCCACUUCAGACCCACCGAGAACCGCAAGAAGACCGCCAAGAGUAUGUACGUGUGUCCCUGCUACUACUUCCCGGUGCGUGCGGGUGGGGGGGGGAUGCCCUCCUUCGUGGUGGGGGUGGAGCUGAAGUCGGGGGCUGUCCCCCCGGACCACUGGGUGAAGAGAGGCACGGCCCUGCUGAUGAGCCUGGACUCAUAGAGACACACACACCUAGCAGACAUACACACACAGACACAUACAGACACAUACACACUGCAUGACCUGGACGCAUAGAGACACACACACAUAGCAGACAUACACACACAGACACAUACACACUGCAUGACCUGGACACAUAGAGACACACACACCUAGCAGACAUACACACACAAACAUACACACAGCAUGAGCUGAAUACAUAGAGACACACACACAAUUGCAUAAUCGGUUAUUAUAUAUUCAUCGUUAUCGAUCACAUCAACUAUUUAUUACGUUAGUCAUCCAUAAACAUACACACAGUUACAUAAACGACAUUACACAGACACACGUAUAUAUUUGUAUGUAGAUAUUCACAUACACACAGGGCCAUAUGUAUGUGGGCUUGUUUUGAGACGUGUACCAAGUGCCUUCUAUUUCUAUGGUUCUGUAUUGGUUACAACGUGUAUUUCUAAGUUACCUUAUUAAUGGUGGUCAUGGGCAGCAGCUGCGUGAGUUGUAAGUAUCUAAAUGAGUGCUGAAUAAAAACACUGUUCCACA